AUGCGUGCGGCGCGGAAAGUGCCUCUUACGCCUCAGCAGCAGGCGACUCGUCGCCUGUUGUCGUGGAUCCUCCACGUGGUGAGUCACCACGUGCAACAGUCGGAUGAUGCAUCCGACUCGAAGGCGACUCCUCACGACUCAGGAUCACCCGUGGCGGACACUGCGAUAGCCAGGCUGACUGGCUCUGGUCAGCGCGGCAGCAUCAUGACCGAGAUCUUUGGAUCGAGUGAUUACUCCGAUGAGUCUCCGCCUCACACAAGUCCAUUCAACGAUCGGACGCGUGGAGAUGGCGGUGAUGCACCUAUGCAUCACCAUGAGCGAAGUGAAUCAAGGGAUCGGGGUAACACUAGUGCCAGUGCUCGAGCUGGCACCAAUGAAGAGGCCAUGGACCAAAACGUCCUGCACCACGCUCAUCAAGUGGAGUCUCCGUGGAUGCCGCCAUCCAGAGAGUAG